GUGCAUGCUGUAGGUGGCUUUGCAGAAAUUGACAUUUGUAAUGAGAUAAAAAAAAAAAAUAGAGUAACUUUAGCAUUUAUAGCUGUAUCAUUAAUGAAAACUCAGUGUUAGUUUGGGAACAAAUGAUAGAAAAUUAGUUUCAUCAGAGAUUCGUAGGAAUAAAGUCAUGGCAGAUCAAAAGCCCAUAAAGAUGGGGACGAAGGUGGAAGUGAUAGGGAAAGGUGUGGUAGGAACAGUAGCAUAUAUUGGAACAACCAUGUUCUCGACAGGUAAAUGGAUUGGAGUUGUUCUGGACGAAGCUAAGGGGAAGAACGAUGGAACCGUUCAAGGAAAGACAUACUUCACUUGUCCGGAUAAUCAUGGUAUCUUUGUUCGUCAAUCCCAAAUAACAGCAAUUGACAAUGGAGGAGCAACUCCAGCCAGUGUGCCAGCUACACCAGCAUCUAAACCGUCAUCCCUCCCGACUCCGACCCCUUCCUCUGGUCUUCCAACACCAUCACAGCAACAGCAGAGGUCUAUAAAGAAAUCGGGUUUGAGGCCACCAAGUUACGCAGGAAAAAUGUUUCAGAUGCAUGCUGGUAGAAAAAGUAGUGAAAAUUUAGCAGAUAUUGAGACUCCAAAGAGAGCCACUAGUAUACCAAAGGAUUUAGCUUCAGCAGCAGGCCCAACCCCAAGUAGGCUUUCCCAACUCCAGAGGCCUGCAAGUAAAGAAAAGGUUGCGGAAAAAUCACCAUCGCCGGGUCCCGAUCCAAAAUCCAAGAAAACACCAGUAGAGGCGGAGCCUACUGUAACAAAGGUUGAAUUAGACUCAGAAGACGAAAUUCCAUAUUCUUCUGAUAUCGCUGAAGAUAUUGAGAUGGACACUGAUGAUGAUGAUGCUUUGUUAGAUACAGAUAUUGCAGCUACGAUAAAAGCCGCUGCAGCAGCUGAUCUAAGCAAUCUGACUUCCGCAAUUGACAACCAGAUGACCAAUCUACAACAACAGCAGGAGAUAGAGGGACUGAAGGCAGAGGUUAAAGAUUUGAAUGAGAAACUCGAUACCCUGAAAAUCAAGAGGGCUGAAGACAAGGUGAAAUUGAAGGAAGGGGAAAAGCUGAAGAUACAGCUGCAGCAGUUACAAGAGUAUAAGACAAAGAUGCAGGAAAACAAUACUGAUCUGCAGAGACAACUUCAGGCUGCCAAGAAGGAGGCCAGAGAUCACCUGGACAGUUUUGAUCAGUACAAGGAUGAGAUGUCAGACCUUGCUGAAACUGUGGAAAUUGCUACACUUGAUAAAGAAAUGGCAGAGGAGAAGUGCGAGACGUUACAGCAAGAACUGGAGCAGUACAAGGAGAAGUGUGAGGAACUACAAGUCGACCUGGAAAUAUUGAAGAAUGAAAUCAGUGAUAAAGGAACGGAAGGUGUGGCUACAGAUUACACAGUCAAACAACUGAAUCAGCAGAUUGAUAGAUUGAAAGAAGCUUUAGUCAAGAUGCGUGACCUGUCCAACACUGAGAAGCAUGAGAACCAGAAGCUUCAGAAACAAAAUGAGGCGAUGACGACGGAGAUCAAACAACUGAAGAAGGAUAAAGAACGACUUACAACGGAUGUGUCGGCUCUGAAUGAGCAGGUCAUAGAGCUACAAGAGCAGGUUGAUGCUGCCCUCGGUGCAGAGGAAAUGGUGGAGCAACUGACGGAGAAAAAUCUCACACUUGAAGAACAGAUGCAAGAAUUACAGGAUGAGAAAACUGACUUGGAAGCUAUGAAUGAGAUGAAUGAAGAGCUUCAAGAGAAUGCAAGAGUUACAGAACUUGAAUUGAGAGAAGAAGUUGACCUUGCCAAUGCUAAAACCAUGGAGGCAGUAAGGAAGUUGGAGGCAACACAAGAGUCCAUGUCAGAUUAUGAGAAAACUAUUACAAAGUUUAGAGAACUUGUUGCCCAGUUACAGGACACUAUAAGGGAGCUGAAGAGCAGGUCGGAGACGGAGACGAAGGUGGAGUCGCCUCAGAUUGAAAUGUUUGACUUCAAGACAAAGUUUGCCGAGUCCAAGGCAUUUGCUAAGACAAUUGAUAUGGAGUUGAGAAAGCUUGAUGUGACUCAAGCUAACAUGCAUGUUCAGCUGCUGCAGUCAUUCAUGGCCGAGUCCUUCCUUAGAAGAGGCAGUGACCAUGAUGCUCUUCUGGUGUUAUUGAUGGUUCCCCGAAUAAUAAGUAAAUCAGAGCUUCUGGCUACACAGAUCAGGGACAAGUAUGAGAUGAUGACAUCAUUUGACCGAGCUACUGUACUGAAGUCACAUAAGGCAGAACAAAGUAGCUUUGCUAAUCAUAUGAUCAUGAUGUUGAACCUUCUACAGAGUGUCAUGAGACAGUAUGAAAGUGCUUUGAAGACUUGUAGUGUAGAGCUGUUCCUGAAGGUGGGGACUUUGCUGCCAGAGAUGGCUGCGCAUGAGAAGUCUUUGGACUACUUCAUUGAUCUUCUUCGCAAAGAUCAGCUGGAUGAGACAACAUCUGUUGAACUAUUGGAUAAGUCCAUCAACUUCUUCCAGCAACUGUACUCCGUACACUUGAACAAUGAGGAGAUCAACUGUACAACAUUUAUGAGUGACCAGACCAGACUUGUUCUCAGUGCAUGUGACUGUGUCAGUACAGACAUUGGCAGGGUGAAAACUCUUAUACAGCCUGGACAGGAGAGUACAGAGAUUUCUGUGUUGUUACGAGACCUGGAGAACUACAACAAUGACACAAGGAUGUGUGCUAGAAAGCUGCAUGCAAUGACUAUGAAUACUGUGGUAAAGAGACGACUUCCACAAGGAGACUUUGCCAAUACCGCCACACCACUGAACUUCAGUAAGGAGGUACAGGAGUUGAUACAGGAGACAGCGGGUCAUAUCCUGAAGAUAGGGAAGACAUUACAGCACCUAGCUGUAGGAGCCAUGCAGCAGGCCGCUCUUCUUACAGAAAAAUUAGUAAUAGGCGGCAUGAGAAAAUCUGUUGAUACAGAAUGUUUGAUGCCUAAGAAACUGGAGGAGAUUGCCUACCAGGCCUCAGACAAGGUGUACGGCAAAGAAGAUACAGGACCUUAUGAAUGCUUGAGGUUAUCGUUUGGUGUAGUGGUUGGUACAAUGAACAAAACAGCCAAUGCUAUGGAGAACGGAGAGUAUGACUUUGAUGGCACAGUUGAUAAAAAGCCUGCACCACCAGUUGUGCUACGGGCGUCAUCAGUGAAGUCACAGAUUGCUGACAUUGAGGCCAUCAAAUUCAAGAUGGAAACCAAGGAAGAACAGAUUAUGGACUUGAAAAGACAUCUGAAACUCAAGCAAGAAGAAUUGAGUGAGCAGCAGGUUCGUAUUGGUCUGGUUGAGAAGAAACUGGAGACUGCUUCGAGAGAUGCUGAUGAGAAAGUGGACAAUAUACAGAGAAAGCUCGAAGAUGCACAGAACUUACUGAGGAAAAAAGAAAAGGAGUUUGAACAAACUAUGGAUGCACUACAAGCUGAUAUAGAUACACUGGAGCAGGAGAAACUAGAGCUGAAGGAGAGACUGAGUGUGUUAUCCAAGAAAACAUUACUGGAGGGACUCACUAGACAGGCUGGACAGUCAGCCGCAGCCUCGUCUGGAACACUGUCGCCAAGUAGCAGUUUCUCUGUACAAGAUUCACCUACAUUACUGGCACAGAUUGAUUCUUUGAAAGAAGCUCUCCACAAUGUGAAGGGAGAUAAUCUCAGACUGAAAGCAGAUUCUAUGAGGGAUCAGAUGGCCAGAUUGCCACCUUUACAUGUUCCCAAGAAGCAGAUUGGACGAAGAAGUCAGACAGGCGUCGUUGAAGUACCGGAAUUACCAGAUGGUGUACCUGGAAAGAUGGAUCUUGGCAGUUUAACAAAACAGACAUCAGACUUACUUAAGACUGUACAUAAGAUGAGUUGCUGCCCUAAGGUUGUGGAUAUCAGUAAGAGAAAGCCAGGAACCGAUCCUGUAUCCAUGGCAACUAACCCACAACAACAACUUGUUCGCAACACUGCCAACCUUACAGUACUGGAGAAAAAAACGCAAGAGCUACAAGUUCAAGUGACAACACUGCUAGCUGCCAACAGAACAGGUGGUCAGGUUCGGACAGACUUCUCUGUGUUCCCGACACCAGAAUUUGCAAGGGUGUUACAUGAGAAGACGAGAGACAGUAUUUUAGUCGGCCGUGUCACUGUACCUGCAACGGGUGGCAAGGGGCAGAUAAUCCCAAUAAAUAUACAACCAAACCAGUUACAAAGUCUACAUUCAAGACUCAUCACGUGAUCUAUGUGCAAUAUUGUUGUAGAAACAUUUAUUAGUAAAUUGGACAUUUUUUCUCGAUAUUUUAUUAUUAAUUAUAAACAUUUUUUGGUUAGGAAUGGGUGCUUUAUCAGUUGGGUAUUUAUUUUUGUCUGUAACCUUAAACUUUGAAGCAGUUUUGUACUUUAGGUCUUGAUCAUACUGAAAGAGCAAGUUAAUCAUGUGUGCUUUAUAGUGUGCUAAUUGCGAAGUUAUUUAGAUGCAACUGAGGAAAUCUUUUGUAAGUAUUGAAUAAAAAUAAGUUAAUUCAGUAAGCAUUUUAAGCAGUAUUCGUGUAUAAAAACACCUGUAAAAUAAAUAGAGUCUCGCUUGGGUCAGGCUGUAAUCACAGAGGUCAGGCCAUUUAAAGUUUAAUGCUUUUUGGUGUGAGGGUACUUUAAGUAGAAAUUUGGUAAAUUGUGACAUACUUAUCUCCCUGUAAAUUUUUGUUUCUGGUUUCCUCUUUAUAUUUAAAAUAAAGGAAGAAAUAGUUGUCAAUUAUAAUUCUGUUUGAUAGUGAUACUUUAGAAUUAUUACAGGGUACUCCUGAAAAAAAACUCCCAUAGAAUACUUCAAAAAUGAUAAUAACCAAAAGCAAAGUUAAUUUUACAAACUAUGGAGAGGAUAAACUACAGGUUCCUUUCAAGAUAAAAGUUUAUGUCUGCUUUCAUUGGUGGAACUGGUUGCUAGGUAUAUUUGUUACAAGCCGUGUAUAUUGCAAACCAUGUUUGAUUGUCAGUAUGUUAUUCUUUUUACACAGAAAAUGAUGUCUAGGGUCAAUGAGAUUGAAAUGUUUGAAAACGUGCAUUUGAUGUAAAUGUCAGUCUCCAGUCGCCAAGCGGUUAAUGUCAUUGUCUUUCAAUCAUUUGCCCCUCUCUGCUGUGGGUUUAUAACCUCAACUAGGGUGUAGGGUUCUUCCAUACUAGUAUGCUUUCUAGGUCACUUACAGGAGGUCAGUGGAUAUACCAGGGUGCCUGUCCACAUCUGAAGUAAUGGACAAAGUCUCACCCUCUAGCAUUGAAAGCUGGAUAGUUGCCAUAUGUCCUAAAUUGUUUCAGUCUGACAUAAAAUCCAACAAACAUUCUUGUUUCUGGAUAGAACAGCUGUGCUAGGACAGUCCAAAAUUAUACUAUUUGUAGAAUAUGAUAUUGCUUGGAAGAUAAGCUUGUGUAGAAAGUAUGCAUGUUUUUGUGUUAUAUAGAUCAAUGACCAUCUAUGCUACAGUGUACUUUGGUAUUUCGAACCAAUUUUCGGAAGAUUUUAAUAGGAGUAAUGCUUCAUCGUGUAAAAUUUCGUUGAGUAGACCAUUAGUAUAGUUACUUAUUUUCUGGGUAUUCUAAAUCACUGUUGCUGUUAUUCAUUUUGACCUUUAGAUGUCUACCUAUGGACACUAGUUUAGUAAAAUGGGCUUUCAAAUGUUAUAUGUCAGCUUUGUCUAAAUCACUUAAAAUAAUUCAGUUUAAAGUAUAAAAAAUAAAACCAUAAAGAAUGCAGUAACAUUUUAGACUGGUUCUGAUUACCCAAAUAGACUGUAUCUCUAUACUGUUUAAAAGAAAUAUCUUUUCACUAUAAAUAUGUUCAGAUUGAACAAGGAUUUUAGGGUUUCAACCAGUCCCUUAUGUAUUGCUAUUAGUGAUAAUAUUUUCAUUAUUUGUUACAAAGAAUGUAAACAUUACAAGUCUGUUUACUAUUUAUAGCCCAUUCUUAUGCAUGUGAUAUAUCAGUGGUGAAGUGCUUUCAAUAUUUAUUGGUAAAAUUGGCUUCAAUGUUGUCCUAAAUAAACAAAUACCAAAUAUAGAA